AUGGCAGACAGAAGGACUUUUAAUGUGGCUAUUUUAGGUGUUGGCUUUUUGUUCCUUUUUACGGCAUUCACGACUUGUGGGAAUGUAGAACAAACGGUUGUGAAAAGUCUGGGAAAUGAAACGUUUUCUGGGAGUGGAUACUACAGUCUUGGCAUCAUUUAUGGGAUUUUCUCCUUCUCCAAUCUGCUUGCACCAACUGUUGUUGCUGUUAUUGGUGCAAAACACUGUAUGUUUUUGAGUGGCCUUCUCUACAGUGGUUAUGUUGCGGCAUUCAUUCUUCCCUUCACGUGGUCCUUUUAUUUGACUUCAGUGCUGAUUGGCAUCGGAGCGGCCAUGCUGUGGACGGCUCAAGGACACUUCCUGGUGGAGAACUCCGAGGCCUCGACCAUCAACAGGAACACAGGGAUGUUCUGGGCUCUGCUGCAGUGCAGCAUGAUAUUUGGCAACCUCUAUAUUUACUUUGAAUGGAACGGAGCCACUGAAAUUACAGAGAGCAGCAGGAAGAACGUGUUCCUGUCGCUGUUCGUGGCCUCAGUUUUGGGCACGAUGAGUUUCCUGGUUCUGAGACAAAGUCAGUCAGAGGAGGAUAUGCUCUCAGAGGACGAGGGUCAGUCACUACUAUCAACACGAAUGAGGUAUCAGCACAGAGCCACAAGUGCAAUGCAAGAGGCCAAGGAUGAGUUCAAAACCAUCUUGCAACUUUUGAAGACCAAGACUAUAGUCCUCCUGAGCCCUUGCAUGGCGUACAGCGGCCUGGAGUUAUCGUUUUAUAGUGGCGUGUACGGGACGUGUAUUGGCGCUACUACGCACUUUGGAGGGGCUGCCAAGGGCUUGAUUGGGAUUUCGGGGAUCGUAAUAGGCGUUGGAGAAAUUGUGGGAGGAGGAUUCUUCGGGCUGCUGUGCAAGAACAAUCGCUUUAGACGCACCUCAGUGGUCUUCCUGGGAAUGGUGGUGCAUUUUGUUGCGUUUUAUUUGAUCUUCUUGAACAUCCCGGCCGACGCUCCUGUUGUCUUUAAAACAACCACUCAAAUGAUUCCGUAUCUGUCUCCCAGCGUGUCAAUUGCUCUGCUGUGCAGCUUCCUCCUUGGACUCGGAGACAGUUGCUUUAAUACGCAGCUCUACAGCAUCCUGGGGCGCAUUUACGCCGAGCAGAGCACCCCUGCCUUUGCCAUCUUCAAAUUCAUCCAGUCCGUCUUCGCGGCCGUAGCGUUCUUCUACAGCGGUCACCUCCUGUUGAUGUGGCAGCUGCUCGUGAUGGUGGUCCUGGGGUUCAUCGGGACCCUCUGCUUCUUUGUGGUGGAGAGGAUGCAGAACUUCACCGGGGAUCUGCAGGAAUAUUAA